AUGGAACAAAAACACUGCAUGCCUGAGGAUUACACGAACGUGGCGAUUCCUUUUCGCUUGCUGUAUGGAGGUAUAAGUUUAAUUUAGGCGGGAAGUCCUUAUUCUUGCUUCUAAUUCAUAUAGCGCUAUAUAUUGCGGUUUUUUAAUGUUUCCAUGUCAUCAGCUGCAACAAUUUUAGUUAAUACAUGUGAACGUUAAGUUUUUCUUUGCCUGAUAAAUAUUCUUUUCGCGUUGUAGAUGUUUGCCAUUUGACAAAUAAUAUUUUGUCUGAAGCGACGUAUGAUUUCCAGAAUCAUUGUGCGAUGAAGUGUUUGCAAUAUCCAUUCUGUGCUGGAUACAAUUUUAAGAAAAAGCACCAGAAGAAGACUCCGAACUGCCAGUUAACACACACGCUGGAUCACAACUUUCAUGAUUGCAACGCUGAUGACAAAGGCUGGAUAUUUUAUCAUCCCGUUGCUCCGAGAAAGGUACAAAACUGCAGUAAAAAUAUACUUAAUAAACUUUGCCCGAAUUGGUUUAUUUAUAUACCCAGCAAGCAAUGCCUAGCUAGCAAUACCAACAUCUUAAUAUAAGCGGAAUUAGCUUUUUUGUGCCCAAGCAGGAAGUGAAAAGUAUGCAUGAGAAUUUUGCAAUCUUCACAAACUUUCCUAUUAUAGCUACCUUAAUUGUUAUAUAUAUAUAUAUAUAGGGUAAACGCCAAACGUAACCCGCCUAAAUAUACUAAUAAACAAAUUUUGGGCAGAACUCGCAAGUUUAGAAACUAUACUAUUUUCCAGGUUUGUGUUAAACUAAAGAAUGUAUAAAAGAGAAAAAAAAUACACAACUCGUUUACAUGUAUAGAGUUUUUGUCAUGAAAUACACUGAUAAUUUAUUGUUGGGUAAAUGUUGUUGGUUUUUCAUUCUGUUGCUAUUUAACAAAACAUGUUUUAUUUAUUUAUUUAUUUAUUUACUUUGCCAUCAUACUUAUUUAUUCAUUGGCUGGGAAACCACAACAGCCAUUGCCAAUUACAGCGGCCCCAAAAUGCAGCAUGCGAGUGACGACGUAUAUAGGCGUAUUGUGUGCUUGAUUUACACAGUGCAACUCAAGGUAUAUGAGCAUAAGCAUGUAGGUCAGUGCAUGCGACCUCUCUCCUUUGUGCUUUUUUCGCCUGCGCGUCUUCCACACAGCGGUUCAAUACGGUAAGCGUCGUGUAAAGCGCCAUGUAAAGCUCAUUGAAACCUCUGCGGAGGAGAGAGGCAUGCGACAGUUCAUGAGGCAAAAGUUGUGUAGUGUAAAAUCAGCCUAUAGUGUGGCGGAUAUGGGCAUGGAUGUUUCCGAAGAGGGUUAAAAGCACCAAAUUGUGCACAGUAGCAUCUUUUUAUGUGUAGAACAACAUGCAAAAGUGGGGCCAUCGUGAAACUGUUUUUUUUAGAGAGUUACGAUGCUAUUAGCAUUAUUUGCUAUUACAUUCUACUACAACAAAAAAAGUGAAAUUUUGAAUUCAAUCGCGACAAAUAUAACUUGCAUCAUCAGAAAGCUUGUAAAAAACUACAUAAAAGACUUUUAAACAGUUUUUUUUAUUCUUCAAAUGGUUAUUGCUGUAAAUUAGGCACAUUAUCUCGCUUAAAGUCCCUAAUUAAUUAUUCGAUGUUUGAAAAUGCGUUUUUACAGUUUAUAAUUCGAAAACUACUUCAGAAAUCAAAAAACUGUCUGAACGUCUUAUAUGCAGUUUUUUAUAAGCUUUCUGAUGAUGCAAGUCAUAUUUGUUGUAAUUGAAUACAGAAUUUCACAUUUUUGGCUAUAAUAGAAUUCAAUAGAAGAAAAUCACUAAUCACCCGUUUUCAGGAGUUAGCAGCAAAAUAGCGAUGGCCCCACUUCAAAUAUCUAUUAAGCAAAUAAAACUACAUCAAUUGUAAAAGUUUGAUGCUUUUAACCUCAACGGGAACUACUGAUCAAUAAUUUUACACAUAUCCACCUCACUACUAUACAGGGUGUCCCAAAAAACCCAAAAGCAUUGAAAUUAACGCAUUAUUUGAAUUUGAAUGCAAAGAUGCGUAAAAUAUUUGACAAGGGUGAAUAUAUUAAAUAUUGACUUAAUAAAUUAAGAAAUUAAAAUAUCUUUGUAAAGCGCACGAUUUUCUGCUCUUGGGAAUAUAAGACAGCUUCUUAAACGGUUUCUUUAUGCAUAAAAUUUACUUACGUCAAGCUGCACGUGUGGGUUCAGCAGAAUGCUAGGGCAUUCAAAUUCUAACAAUGCGUUAAUUUCACUGCUUUUGGUUUUUUUUGGGACACCCUGUAGAAUGGUUUCGAGUCCAAAUUGAACUCGUCCUUUGGAUUCGAUUAUAUUUAUAAGAAAAUUAUAUACUUUUGAUACACUAUAUUGCAUUUCGUUCUCAUUAAAAAAUACUGGACAAAUUAUUAUAGUUAACUUGUGAUGUUAUUCUGUUAUUCUGUUAUUUCAGCUUAAAUAAUUAAAUUUGCAUGCAGGCUGAGUUUCUCUUAGACUUAGUGUACGGUGAGCUGAAUUCUAACAUAUUCACUUCACAUGCAGGUUCCAUGUCAUAAAAUGAAGAAUUGUAAAAAUGGGGGAAAGACGAUCAUUUAUCUCAAAGAUGGACCUGGUUCUGAUCCUUACAGGUGUGAAUGUCCAAAGGGAUUCGGUGGAGAUUUCUGCCAAAUUGGUGAGUUGUUAAAAAUCGAGAAAAAUUACUGCGCAAGAUAAAGAUGAAAUAGUGAUUAGAAUCAGAAGUUGUUGCAACAAGAACUCAUGUCAAGCCGUGCUAAAAAUAUUUAUGCACGUUCGCUCGGGUCCUCAAACUUCACCAUGAAACUGUCCACUGCAUAAUAUUAAUUACAGCAUUCAUUCAAUUCAGCUUUUGUUGCAAGUGCAGCAAUUUUGUGGCCUGUGUAACUCCGCCCUUAAGUAAUUUAUUAUUUUGCUGCUGAGGUUUGUUGGAUUCUUUUUCUAUAUAUAGAUAGAUAAGGGUACGAAUUUGAGACCAUAUAGCUAUACCAGUUUGGAAAAACACAUGCACGAGUGAGAUUUCUUAAGGGACCGGUCAUUAUUUAUGGCGGGGGGUGGCACCGAAGAGAAAAGGGUUGGGUAAACAAUAUUUUGAGAGAGUAAAAGGUUGGGUAAAUGAAAAACAAAACAACUCAAGGGUUGGGUAAUAAAAAAAUAUUGUCAUUUCCAAAGCAUGAAAUAUUGGAAGAAAAAAAGCAAUGUCAACAGUCGUAUGUAGAUACAAUAUGUGAAUCAAUCAGAAUCAUUAUCCUGAUCAUUUUCCGAUUUGUUGCAUGGGAGGCAAAUGGUGUCUCCAGAAAAACAACAUGUGCAGACAGGACGAAACUUUAGACUGCAGAAAAUUUCACAAGCCGUUAUCAAACUCAUGUCACAGAAGUGGUAAAAGUAUCCUUUGGUAAAGUUUUUGGCCAGGGGUGGGAAUUAUAUUUUUUAAUUGAUAGUUGAGGUUGGGUAAUCACAUUUUUGACUUUCUAAUGGUUGGGUCAGCAAAAUGUUUGCCAAGAAAAACAUUUCUCUUCGGUGUCACCCCCUGCCAUAAGUAAUGACCGGUCCCUAAAGACGAUCAAAAUUAGUUGGAAAUUUUUUGGGACUUAAUUUUUAACUUGAUGUUUGUUUUUUUUCAUAUGCGAUCGUUUCAACAUUUUUAAUGCCUUACAUAAAACAAAAAUACAAUAAAUAAAAAGAUGUGUUGACCGCGUUAGAAUUUGAUCAUGUUUCUUAUUCUCAUUUAUUUCCGACACUUUCUGCAGACUCCGUCAUAUUGAACUCAGUAAAAAUUGUUAAAGAAAAUCAGAACAUCUCAAGCAGUUCGCAAACUGUAGCUUACUAAAGACAGGAUUAAAAAUAAUCACUUCGUGUGAAUCAUUACACGGACACCGAUAUGACGUAUAUAAAUAGUAUCCUAUACGAUACUAUUUACACUAUAACGCGAUACUAGGAUACCGAGGUUUACUGUAUGAAACCUAAACAUUUUUCACUCCCCAAUGACCACCCCUGAAAGCAAAAAAUAAUAUAAUAAUAAUAAAAAAAUUCUAAAUGUAGCCAGUUUACAUGUGUUUAAUCGCAACGGAGCUUAAGAAUUAGCGUUGGGAUUAGGGCUAUUGUAAUUGUAGACCACUACAACCCAAUACUUUAUUGCAUACAAUGGCAUUAUACAAUGGCAUUACAAUAGAUUAUUGAUUUUGAUUACAACCGCCAAUAGAUUAUUGAUUUUGGUUACAACGCCAAUAGAUUAUUGAUUUUGAUUACAACGCGAGGAACGGCUGAUAGAUUCAUUUGUUACAACGUGCUGAACGGGUGCAGCGGAUUUAAAUAGAUUAUUGAUUUUGAUUACAACGCGCGGAACGGCUGAUAGAUUCAUUUGUUACAACGUGCUGAACGGGUGCAGCGGAUUUAGUACCCUGGCCUCAGAAGCCUGGGACGGCGCUCCGCAACGUUGGCUCGGGUACAAUAGUUUAAAAUUUCAUCAUGUUUCUUAUUCUCAUUUAGUCCUGACGCCUUCUGUCGACUCCGUCAUAUUAUCUGGAGAACCAGCUGACUUUCUGAAAAACUUAACUUUAUGGACAGAGAAUAGAAGCACUAAUUGGAAGCUGUGCUGGCGUGCAACCAAGCAUGGAUGGGCAGCCAGUACCUUCCAUGCAAACUGUGACUACAAGAAACCAACUGUGACCAUAAUAAAAGUUGGUAACUUCAUCUUCGGUGGUUAUGCUACGAAGUCUUGGGAAGGUGAGACUAAAUUUUCAACUUUUCUGAACAAGAAAAAUACCAGAGUCGUUGCUUAA